CAGCCGGGCAUCGGACUCUGCUGCGGCGCCGCGCGAGCUUCCGGCCGGGCCCUGGGCGGCCGCUGCGCGCCGGGCGCUCUCAAGUUUCCGCCCUCAGGUGCGGCGCCGGCUUCUUCCCUGUGAACGCGGCCGCCCUCCUCCCGCUGGGCCGGCCCGGGGUCGGCGGAAGCUCCGGCAGUGGCAGCACAGCAAAAUACCCCUCGGAACCCGUAGCUCCUGCAGCUGCCGCGGGGCGCGCCGCUGGUUCCCGCAGAGCGCCGGGUUGGGGGCGCGGCCUGGUCCUUCCCGGGGCCCGGCGGGCUUGAGUGCCCCGGUAGCCCAGCUCCGCAGCGCUUGGUAAGCGCCGACUCAGCAGUCACCUGCGCUCCGCGGCAUGGCCCUGUCUUCUGAGCCUGGGUUUCAACAGCACCCCAGAAAUAGCCGUUUUGCUCACGGUUAUUUCCCACGCCCAAGUGAUUUGUCAAAGUCGCUGGGAGCCGGUGUGUACCUUCCUGCUCUCCUACAGGGCAGGCGAGAGCCCUGCCCCUUGGGAUGCUGGCCUCGCCCGCCAGCUUGGCUUUAGAGUUGCCCUUCUGGGAGAGAGCAUCAUGUGCUGCAGGCUCACUCGGGAGCUGGGACCCCAGAAGGCAGCAGAGGGCUCAGGGUUGGCUCAGCCGAGAUGCCGCGCCAAUUUCCCAAGCUGAACAUCUCUGAAGUGGACGAGCAAGUUCGGCUCCUGGCUGAGAAGGUGUUUGCCAAAGUACUCCGAGAAGAGGACAGCAAGGAUGCAUUGUCCCUCUUCACCGUCCCGGAGGACUGCCCCAUUGGGCAGAAGGAAGCCAAGGAGAGGGAGCUGCAGAAGGAGCUGGCUGAGCAGAAGUCUGUGGAGACGGCCAAAAGAAAGAAAAGCUUCAAGAUGAUUCGAUCCCAGUCCCUGUCUCUGCAAAUGCCAACACAACAAGAUUGGAAGGCCCCACCAACAGCCAGUCCAGCCAUGUCUCCUGCAACCCCUGUGGUCUCUGGAGCUGUUUCCCAGCCUGCACCAGUGCCCUAUGCCAUGCCUGAGUACCAGCGGGUCACCAUCAGCGGAGAUUACUGUGCCGGGAUCACCGUGGAGGACUACGAGCAGGCUGCCAAGAGCCUGGCCAAGGCUCUGAUGAUCCGGGAGAAGUACGCACGACUGGCCUACCAUCGCUUCCCACGGACCACAGCCCAGUACCUGGGCCAUCGGCGGGCUGAUGUCCCCCCACCUGAAGAUGGCCUCCCAGACUUUCACCCUCCCCCACUGCCCCAGGAGGACCCUUACUGCCUGGAUGACGCACCCCCCAACCUGGGCUACUUGGUCCGCAUGCAGGCGGGCAUCCUGUUCGUGUAUGAUGACAAGAAGAUGCUGGAGCGCCAGGAGCCGCACAGCCUGCCCUACCCCGACCUGGAGACCUACACGGUGGACAUGAGCCACAUCCUGGCUCUCAUCACCGAUGGCCCCACGAAAACCUACUGCCACCGGCGACUGAACUUCCUGGAAUCCAAGUUCAGCCUUCAUGAGAUGUUAAAUGAAAUGUCUGAAUUCAAAGAGUUGAAGAGUAAUCCCCACCGAGACUUCUAUAAUGUGAGAAAGGUGGACACGCACAUCCAUGCGGCAGCCUGCAUGAACCAGAAGCACCUGCUGCGCUUCAUCAAGCACACAUACCAGACGGAGCCCGACAGGACCGUGGCUGAGAAGCGAGGCCGCAAGAUCACCCUGCGGCAGGUGUUUGACAGUCUGCACAUGGACCCCUACGACCUCACCGUGGACUCACUGGACGUGCACGCAGGCCGGCAGACAUUCCACCGCUUUGACAAGUUCAACUCCAAAUACAACCCCGUGGGGGCCAGCGAGCUGCGUGACCUGUAUUUGAAAACGGAAAACUACUUGGGAGGAGAGUACUUUGCUCGGAUGGUCAAGGAGGUGGCCCGGGAGCUGGAGGAGAGCAAGUACCAGUACUCGGAGCCACGACUCUCCAUCUAUGGCCGCAGUCCUGAGGAGUGGCCCAACCUGGCCCGCUGGUUCAUCCAACACAAGGUCUACUCGCCCAACAUGCGCUGGAUCAUCCAGGUGCCUCGUAUCUAUGACAUAUUUAGGUCGAAGAAACUGCUGCCAAAUUUUGGGAAGAUGCUGGAGAACAUCUUCCUGCCUCUCUUCAAGGCCACGAUCAACCCCCAAGAUCACCGAGAGCUGCACCUCUUCCUCAAAUAUGUGACGGGAUUUGACAGCGUGGAUGAUGAGUCCAAGCACAGUGACCACAUGUUCUCAGACAAGAGCCCUAGCCCAGACAUCUGGACCAGUGAGCAGAACCCGCCCUACAGCUACUACCUGUAUUACAUGUACGCCAACAUCAUGGUGCUCAACAACCUGCGCAGGGAGCGAGGCCUCAGCACGUUCCUCUUCCGGCCCCACUGUGGGGAGGCCGGCUCGAUCACCCACCUGGUGUCUGCCUUCCUCACUGCUGACAACAUCUCCCAUGGGCUGCUCCUCAAAAAGAGCCCGGUGCUGCAGUAUCUCUACUACCUGGCCCAGAUCCCCAUCGCCAUGUCCCCGCUCAGCAACAACAGUCUAUUCCUCGAGUACUCCAAGAACCCCCUGAGGGAGUUCCUGCACAAGGGACUGCACGUGUCGCUGUCCACGGAUGACCCCAUGCAGUUCCACUACACGAAGGAAGCCCUGAUGGAAGAAUAUGCCAUUGCAGCUCAGGUGUGGAAGCUGAGCACAUGUGACCUGUGUGAGAUCGCCCGCAACAGUGUGCUGCAGAGCGGCCUCUCACAUCAGGAAAAGCAGAAGUUCCUGGGACAAAACUAUUACAAAGAAGGCCCUGAGGGCAAUGACAUUCGGAAGACAAACGUGGCUCAGAUCCGGAUGGCGUUCCGCUACGAGACCUUGUGCAAUGAGCUCAGCUUCCUGUCCGAUGCCAUGAAGUCAGAGGAGAUCACGGCCUUUGCCAAAUGAGGCCCGCCCCCUCGGCGUGCAACCUAAUGCUGGGUUCUGUUUCAGGUUUGCUGUGUCCAAACAAUGGUCAAGACAUGAACAAGGGCUUGCCUCCUUGAGGAGGAGGUCUCUAGAGAGAUGUCCAGCAUAUGAUUCUGGCUGCCCUGUUUUUAAGAGCUAACCCACCUAUUUCUGAUUCUAUUUCUGGCUAAGAGAUGGCAGCUUCUCAGACAGUCCAUGAGCUGGGCACUUGUCUAUACUUGUUGCUGAUUUUCGAAAUAUUUCUCUUGAAACCACUGGGGCUUGAAUGAUUGGGGCCAGGCUUUUCCACAGUCUGAUGCCAAGGGACAUGAGAUCUGUGCGGUUUGCUGCCACAUGCUCCCCUUCAGGCCCUGCAGGCUAACUGGAAAUUGUUCCUUUCAGCCUCUGGCUGGCUGCCUUAAAAGCAGUUUCAAAGCUCCCUUUCAUAAAGGGACUACUUGGAGAGAAUGAAAAUAGAAGAUUCCCUCCUUAAAAAUCUUUUUUUUUAAAUUUCCUAAAUUGCUUUUACACAUGCUUCCACCCUUGGUCCCAGCUCGGAAGCCAAAGGAAUGCACUGAAGCGGUCAUUCCCAUUCUGGGCACCCACUUCCUCCUGAAGAGGCAGGUUGGCCUGGCUGAGUGGUUUCCAGAGGGUGUUCUGGGGUCCCCUCAUGGGCCACCUCAGGAUUGGGAGGAAAGGAAGUGACUGCUUUUACUGGCUUUAUAAUGGGGCCGCUGUAGAAUAUUUUCAUUUGAACUGGGGACUUUGAAGGGUCCGAGAGACUAGAUGAACCCUGAAUCUUUUGCCUCUAAUAUUCUACAACUGUAGCCUAGUUCAUGUUAUACAGAGGAGGAGUUAGGGCCAGAGAAGUGAAAUUUGCUUAAGGUAACACAGUGAAUACGUGAUGAGAACUAGAUUUCCUAAUCCAGUCUCCCUCCUACUUCACUAGGCUUCACAAGUGUUGAUAUUUUUUUUUUAAAAAAUUUGAAAUCACUGUAACCUUGUUACAUUUUUUUUUUUUAAAGCAACGUCUCCCUUACCUAAUCAUGAAGACUUCUUGAGAUAAUAGUGGUCUCAGGGGCCAGAUAAAGGGUAUUUCUUCAGACCAGUCUGAAUUUGAGCUUUAUCAAUGUAUUCUUUGUUACUAGUGCCUAGUAUGUAGUAGGUGCUGAAUAAAUGAAUGCCAACUAACAAUGAAUUUCUUUUGGGGCAACUUGCUAAAGAUAAGUGCUCCUAGUGCUUGAGCCACUCGAGGACUUUGUGUCUAUUUCCACAGGCAAACUCAAACUACAGGAAGUCAUUUGAGACAUCAACUUAGAAGUGCCCUACUUUUGCUCAUGAACAUGGUUAUUUGCCUUUAGGUUGUGUCGCCCUAUGACAUUGAUGCCUGUCUCCUCCCCUGGUCAAUUUAGCUUAUGGAAUUGUCAAUGCAUUUUUUUUUUAACAAGGCCAAGUACAUGAUAUCUUACAGCAAAUCAGGAAACUGAAUGCAGCCCACUGUUCUUAUGGACUCAUUGUUCUUCAUUGUCUUUGAAAGACCCCCCCAUUUGUAAACAUUUGGCCCAACAUAGCAAGUAUUGUACAGUUUUUCAUCGUCAUUUUAUCUGUAAUGAUUUUUUUAAAUUAUUAAAUAAAGUCUAUUAGGACUGUGGCU